AAUACGACACACACAACAAUAAUGUGCAGUUUUUACUUUAUCAAUAGUUAUAGUUCACAUGAAAUAAUACUCUGUUUAGAAUAAUGACACUCAAAACCAAUUAAAAUAGGGGAAACACUGGCAAAACAACAAAGGGUAAGAAUCUUAUCUCAGUUUAAGCUUAAAAAUGUGAAAGAACAACGAACCUACAAUGUUGCCCAAUGUUAUUAUUUUUAACGUUUAAAGGAUGCUAAAUAAUAUUUUUUAUGUAUUUUUAGAAUCUAGUUAUGCAUAUGUAUUUACGAUUUUAUGCAGUAGCGAAGUAAGAUAGGAUUUGUCUGUUGGGAAACUUAUCAGAAUAAGAUAUCCAACAACAGUGUGUCAUAACUGACAAACUUUCUGAGCAAAGGUUGUUUCCCAGGAGUGUGUAUGAGAGAUACAAUAUUGAGUGAGCAAUCUGCUUCUAUAAGCUAUAAUUUAGUACUUGUAGCUUCUUGAGAAAUGGAAUGAAAAUUGAAAAUUUCAUUAUCAUAGAAAUAAAAAGUUCACGAAAUGGUUUUCAUAUUCUGUCGAGUUAUCAAUCUUUUAGAUGCGUAUUGCGAUUAUUCUGAAAUGGACUUUGUCAAACACCUGACCUUCGGGUGUUCAGAUAAUUUCUGCUGAAAAUGUAAAUACUAUCUGUUGAUAAUUAUUUAUAGACAACAGUAAGAAAUACUGUCUAGUGAGGUUUAUUGAGGACAAAAUUCUGUACAUAGUACCUACAAGGCAGUUGACUCCAAUUGAAGGAGAUUUGGUGUGGGCUCCAUAUAAAAAAAUGGGCUUUUAUGAAGCUCAUAUAGUUUUUCUCAAUAAUAAUAGAAAUAUAUUGGAAAAAAAGAAACGAGAUAUCCAAAUGAGUGAAGAUAUUGAAAGUCUGAAUGAUAUGAAUACUGCAAUUUCUACAUCUAAUCUCUGUGGUAAUGAAGAUAAUUCUAGAUGUUAUCCUACAUAUGAGGCAGAUGAUACAAAAAUAAAUCAAAAUAUUGCAGUUUCUGAAUGUGAUCUUAGUGUGGACAGAGAUAAUUCAUUACAUGAUCCAACUUACAUACCAGAAGAUACUGAGACUGUUAAUGUCACAAAAACAAAUAAGCAAAAUAUGAGAUGUCAAAUCAACACAAAGUGAGAAUCGACUUCAAUGGGCUUCAAUGAAUGUAAAUCGACGAUAUCUGACAAAGUUAGAUGCAAACUCAUUCAAAUAUAUGAGAAAUGUUGAAAUUCGACUUCAAAUGAGGAAGAUAGACUUUGAAA